AGUUCAUGACGAAAUAUAUAAUUUUGUUUACAUAUUCUUAGUAGGUGACGUAUGUUUUGCGUAGUUCACGAUUAAUAAAUGGUAGCAAUAACAAUUAUGAAUAUUAGUUUUUACAUAAAUGAAAGUUACGAUGGUUAGACAUAAUUAUAUUAGAAUGCAGAAAUCACAGAUUGAUAAUUUGACAUGGUCAUUUGAUACAAAUGAAAAUAUCAAUUCUCACAAUCCAUGGGCAGAACUUGGCCAAAGAUAUGGUUUUAUUGAAGAUGACAGAAUAUUAAAUUUAAAUAAUUUUGAAUAUCCUGAACUUGGUGAUAGAUAUAUCAAGAGUAAAAAAUCAGUUAUAUCACGAGAAGUUUGUUUGUCAACAUCUAACAAUAUACAGAUUUUGUUACCCAUGGAAGAAACAAGUAUGGAACCAAAAAGAUCAAAAUUUUUAAGAAGAUACAAGAAAUCAAAUAAAAUUUGUAUUAAUCUUCAAGAGGCAUUACAGAAUACAUUAUAUGCUAAUAAAAUGAACAAACAAGUUCCAAAAUUAAGGAUUAAUCUUUACAUGGGCAAUCUUGGUUUCAAUGUGCCAAGUAGAUUGGAUAAAAACAAAUGUUCUGAUCUCAGAAAAGUUAGAAUUUCUAUUUCUAAAGAUAAAAAACCUUCGAAAUUAAAGAGAAUAAUUCUUUUAAAUCGUAAUAUGAAAGCACAGAUUAAUAAUGAGAAAAGAGAAGAAUUUGAACGUAAGAAAGUAGAAGCUAUUUGUAGAGAUGUUGAUACUAUUAAUUUUAAUGCUUUGAAAAUUAGUGCAGAGCCAGAGAUAGACUAUGUUAGAAAUAUGUGGACAAUGGCACUGUAUGAUAAAAAUUAUAGAAAUAUAAAUGAUAUAAAUAUUUCUGACAACACUCUAUCUCACAGACCGGAUGUAAUUGAAAGGAUAAAUGAUCUUGGAAUUCAAGGAAUGCAAUUGACAAAUAGGCUAGUGAAAGGAAAUAAUAAAACAAAUUUUUCUCAUUUUAUUACUGAUAUUAUUGAAAAUGAUAUUGUUAAACAGACCCUUUCUCUUCAAAUUAACGAUGAUAUUAAGCCAGAAGUUCAAAAUAGUGCAGAAAUAGAUGAUAAAAAUUUUCUAAAAUUUUCUCGUAAUUUUAGAGAAUAUUGUACUAAUACGUUAACGAAAGGUUUGAACGAUGCUCUCGAAGAAUUCCUACAAGAAAUCACAAGGCUUCAAAGAAGAUUUCACGAGAAAAAUCCAAAUAAAUCUAAAUAUAAACGGCGCUAUUAUUCUGGUUUGAAAGAAGUUCGUAAACAUGUUGAAUUGAAAAAGCUUAAACUCGUGAUUAUUGCUCCUGAUAUCGAAAAAGUUGAACUAGAAGACGGAUUAGACGAUCAAAUCGAUAAAUUACUGGAUACGUGUAGGAAGCAAAAUGUAAUUUUUUUCGGAUUGCGAAGAAGGAAAUUAGGAUAUUAUACUCACGGAAAUGGAUUCGUAGGAUGUGUUGGCAUUGCAAAUUAUGGUGGAAUCGAUCUACUUUUCAAGAACGUUUUGACAGAGCUUGUGAUCGCGAGGAACGCGUUCAAAAAAUUAAAUGGCGCCAUAGAAACGACUAUCGAUAUAUCGAAAGUGAUCUCGGACGAUCUCUUGCUUUCUGAAAAUAUUAAUGCCCUUUUGAAAAUUUUAUCUCAAGAUACACUAAUAGAAUGUGCAUAAAAAUAUUUAAGGUUUUGUUUACAUUCGUUUAGUUAUAAAUGUUAAAUAAUUAAUAUCGCUAAUUGUCGUUUA